AUGCUCGAGUAUUUUACCUACAAAAAAGUCAAGAAGCAUAAUGCCGAGAAGAAAGAUCGAGUUUCCAAUUCCAACACUCCUCUAGCAUCACCAACUCCAGCUUCCCCGACAACUUCUUCAAAACCACGUCAUUUAAAUACAGUCAAAAGUCCAUCUGCGGAUUUGGGAAGAGGAGGCGCAAGUCCGAUUCUUAAUGAUGAGGAUGAAUAUUUCUUGCAUAGAUUUAUAAGUGCAGAGGGAACUCCACCUCCGCUUCCACAGAGAAAACCUACGUUACCGGCUAGACCUAGUGAAAGAGGAAAUGAGAGAAUAACAAUGGGUGAUGAGGCGGGAGAGUGGAGGAACAAUGAGUUGCAAAUGAUUUUAAGGGAGGAUGGAGAUGGAGAGGAGGUUGAGAGGGAGAAUGAAACCAGAGCGCAAGGAAAAGGAAAGGACAAGAUGGGCGAGGAAGGAGAGAAAAUUGAUGAUAAUACUGAAAAAGUGGCAAAGAAGUGGAAGAGAUUAAGUUUCUUGCAUAGAGGCAAAAAGGAAAAGGACGCCAAAGCUACAGGUCUUCAACCAGAUCCCAACAUCUCCGACACAGAAGCCCAACGAGAACAAGACGAUCUAUCCCGAGUCCUCGACGACCUCUCUCUAACCGCUUCCAAUAACCGCGCAUUCUCUCUUUCUCCCGAUUCCACAGUCCUUGUUCAGAAAUUCACCUUCAUCCUCAAAGAUCUCAUAAACGGUGUUCCAACCGCCUACGAUGACCUCGUUCAUCUACUCGAAGAUUCCCAAGGAACUCUCUCCAAAUCCUACGAUUCUCUCCCCUCGUUCCUCCAAAAACUCAUCACCCAACUCCCGCAAAAAGUCACCACCACUCUCGCUCCCGAACUCCUAGCCGUCGCCACAGAAGCUCAAGCACACAGCGUUGCGAAUGCCGCGAGCGCGGCGCAAACAGGCGGGAUGGGUGCUGCGGCGAAAUCUUUCCUGACGCCUUCUUCGCUCAAGGAUCUGGUUACGAAACCGGGCGCGGUAGUGGGUAUGCUGAAGGCGAUUGUCAAUGCGUUGAAAUUGCGCUGGCCGGCUUUUAUGGGAACGAAUGUGCUGCUUAGUUUGGCGCUUUUUGUGCUGUUGUUUGUGUUUUGGUAUUGUUAUAAGAGGGGGAAGGAGGUUAGGUUAGCGAGGGAUGGGAGGGUUCUUGCGGAGGGAGAGGGGCUUACGCCGGGAGAGGGGGGGAGUAGGGAGUUGAGUCGGGAGGGUUCAAGGAGGGAGGGUGGUGGGAGUAGUGAUGGGGAUGGGUAUAAAGCGAGGAGGGAUGCCAGACAGAGGGAGAAGGAGAUUAGGAAGGAAGAGGAGAGUAGUAGGAGUCGAAAGAGUGAGAAGGAGAGGAAGUAA